AUGCUACAUGAGGAAGAAAUACCAUCAGAAGAACUCCAAAGGCAGGUAGAUUUAGCUAGCGAAGGAGAGCAAAGACUGAUAAUCGGUACUGACGCCAACGCACAUCAUGCGCUUUGGGUAAGCACUGACAUUAAUGACAGAGCACCCUUUUUAGAUGACCAUGGCCUGAUUCGCGUUGGUGGACGAUUAAAAAACUCUAGCCUAAACUUUAAUGCACAGCAUCCAAUUAUAUUUCCCGAGCAUCAUUCGGACACUGAUUCCAUCAUUAAUCAUUUUUAUCGCAAAAUGCUGCAUGCAGGUCCACAGUCUUUGCUUGCUUCAAUGCGUCUUCAGUACUUGCCGAUAGCAAGUAGAAAGCUAGUAAGAAAAGUCAUCAACCAAUGUAUUAUAUGUUUUCAAACCAAACCAAUAACUGCAUGGCAUAUCAUGGGACAAUUACCUAAGGAUCGUAUUCAUCCUACUCGUGCUUUCGUUUUUACUGGCAUGGACUUUUGUAGUCCUUUCUAUUACAAGGCCGAAACUCGUAAUAAGUCUCCAAUCAAAUGUUAUGUUUGCUUAUUCAUUUAUUUUGCAACCAAAGCUGUCCACUUAGAAUUAGUCAAGAAUUUAACAACGUCAGCAUUUCUAGCAGCAUUACAACGUUUCAUUUUAACUCGUGGCAAACCUAAAAUUAUUUGGUCAGAUAAUGCUACAAAUUUUUGCGGGGCCAAAAAUCAACUUGCUGAGCUAUGA